AUGCCGGACCUCUCACAAAACAUCUCGGUGCGGAUCCUCAAGGCCGCCGAGGCCGGACGGUACGGCGUGCCGGGCGUCGUGUGCUACAACCUCGAGGCCAUCAUGGCGUGCCGGAAAGCGGCCGAGGCCAAGAACUCUCCCUGCCAGAUCUUGUUGUUUCCCUGGGCCCAGGAGUACGCCGACGACAACAUGGUGAACCUGGCGGCGGACGUGUGCCGAUCCGCCAAGGUGCCCAUGAGCCUGCACCUGGACCACGCGCAGAGCGAGGAGGCCAUCAAGCGGGCGGCGCAGACGGGCAAGUUUGACAGCAUCAUGGUCGACAUGUCGCACUACGAGAAAGAAGAAAACCUGAGCCGCACGACCGAGCUGGUCCGGUACUGCCACGACCUGGGCAUCGCGACCGAGGCCGAACCGGGCAGGAUCAACGGCGGCGAGGCCGGGGUGCAAGACACGGGCGAUCUCGAGGGCAUCCUGACCACGCCCGAAGAGGCUCUGCAGUUCAUCAACACGGGGAUCGACUUCCUGGCCCCCGCCAUCGGCAACGUGCAUGGGCCCUAUAACGGCGUCGAGAACAUCAAGCUCGACUUCCCCCGCCUGGCCUCGAUCCAGAAGGCCUCGCGCGGCAAAGUCACCCUCGUCAUGCACGGCACCAACGAGUUCACCGCCGACAUCUUCAAGCAGUGCGUCGACGCCGGCAUGACCCGCCUAAACGUCAACCAGAUCGUCCUGUGGAAGUACGAGGAGUACGCCCGCCAAAAGGCCGGCAGGACCCCGCUCACCGAAUUCAUGGAGGACGGCACCAAGCUGAUCCAGGAGAGGAUCGAAUGGAUGAUGGACGCCGUGGGGAGCACCGGUAAAGCUGGAGAUGUCAAGUUAUGA